AUGGUUACCUUCACUUCCAUAGCCAUCGCCGCCACCACCCUUCUGGGCCUGACCACUGCUGCACCCAGCACCGUUCGCGGCACCGGUGUUACCCAUCGCAUCUUCGCCGGGAGUACAACAGCCGACCGUGGCCUCCACUUUGAGCCCGAGAACGUUGUUGCCGAGAUCGGUGACAUGAUCGAAGUCCACUUCCUCCCUAAGAACCACACAUUCGUACAAUCUUCCUUCGACAAGCCAUGCGAGCCUCUCGAAGGCGGUCAGGGCGUAUUCUCUGGUUUCAACUUUUUCACUUCGGUCGGCGAGGCUCCUCAUGUGUUCAACUUCAUGGUGAAGGAUAAGAAUCCCAUGUGGUACUACUGUUCCCAGGCCGUUGGCAACCACUGCCAGAACGGUAUGACCGGAGUCAUCAACCAGGACUUCAACUCUGAUAAGACGCUUGCAGCGCACAAACAGAAGGCCAAGGAAACUGUUAUUAUACAGCCAUCUGUCGACUCUUUACAGUCUCAGGGCGGCUGGAUUCUACCCAAUAAGCCUCUUUGA